GUUUGUUCAUAGGUAUCUUGUCAAGAGUCAAUAAAUUAUUUGAAUUUAAUUAUUGAAAAAUGUCUACACCAGAUAUAAAAUCAGUCCUUAAUAGGCAUUUUCCAUUUGCUAAGAAAACACCAAAUAUACUUUCUAAAUUAUCAGAUAAAGUUGAUACAAAAAUAAAUGAACAAAAAUUAAUUGAAGAAAAAAGUUUUCUUAUUGUUAAGAAUUCAGAGUCUAGUCGAUGUGAUGUUUUAACAGAUAAUAAUGAAAAAGCAAAACCUAUUCAAGAAAAAACAUGCGGUAAUGACAUUUCUAAAAAUACUAUAUCAUCAACAUUUAAAACAAUUAAAUCACAAGAUAAUGAGCCGGAAAUUAUAUCUAUAAAAAAGCGUGAUCAACGUUGGAAUAUUCCUUACUCAAGCAAAUUUGAUAAAACAUUAUUGACUAUGCAAGAUCUUUUACACUAUAAUCCAGUCACCAAUCCUAUAACCAAAGAACACAAAGAAGACGAUCCAGAUGAUGAUUUGUUGUCUUUAGAUCCAGAGCAAAAACCAACAGUUAUUAAUAAUUGCAUUACUCCACGUAUCAAAGUAAAUAUUGAUGGUAAAAUUAUCAUUGAUCAAGAAACAUUAAGUUUAGAUGAGACUGGUUUUGAAGAAAAACGAGAAGAAUUGGCUAAAUCUAAAGUUAUUGAAGAAUCUGCAUACCAUUCAAGAAGUUAUUCUUAUAAACGUAAAAAAGAAGCUUCCACAAAAUGGUCUAAAGAUGAAACAAUUAAGCUUUACAAAUGUUUAAUGAAUUUUGGUACUGACUUUUCUAUGAUUCAGCAAUAUUGUCCUAAUCGAACUCGAGCUCAAAUCAAACGAAAAUAUAAAGCGGAAGAGAAAAAAAAUCCUCAACUUAUAAAUAGUGUCCUAACUAACACAACACAUUUUGAUAGUGCUAGCAUUGAAGACAUGCUUGAAAAUGAUAAGAUUGAAGUAGAAGUAAAAAAACUUGAUACAAAUGCAGACUCAGAAGUUUGUACAAAAAACACUAAUCAGAGACGUCAUAAAAAAGUAAUACGCUCAGAUUGUAGUAAAUUAAGUAUAUGUGCAUACAUGUUGGAAGAAGAAAUUGUAUUGAAAAAUAAAAGAAAACAUCCAACUAAAAUAUUUACAGCACAGGAUUUGAAAAAAGAACUAGCCAAUAUGCCAAAUACAAAGAACAAGAAAAAACACGAUAUUGAUGAAAAUGAAGACGAGUCACCUUAAGUUUAAACAUAACAAGAUUCUCAUGAAGAAAAUCAGGAAAGUAUCACUAAAUACAAAAAUUCAAAUAUUGAAUGAAAACAAUAACAUUAU